GUAGACCUUACAAAUGGUUCAUAUGAAUAAGAAUUAUAGAGAAGCGUUGAUGUCAUCCGAUUGGUAAUUCGCUGCGUCAGAAUGAAAUAUAUAGGCGGGCUCUUUGGAAUGAUGUCAACUGAAUACGUUGUAUGGUUGCAUUCCUGUACUUCUAUCAAUCCGCUGUGUUGGAAACGCGAGGAAUGCGGGGUUAUAACCAUAGACAAUCCCCUGAUAAGUUCUUUAUUCUCACCCAUCCACUCGAAUUUUGUCGCUCAAGAACCUUUGCACUACCCGUAUUUACUGUAAAAGCGAUCAAAUAAGUCAUGAGUCGACGGCCUAUAAGAGAUGCCGUUAGUGGGAUCAUUGGGCUUGGUACUGAUGCAUAUGCCUCCUUCAAAGAAAAGAAAGUUGGUUCAGAGAGCGUAGCAAGGGAUAUCCAGAGUGCAAAAGACCCAGAGGCUUCAGAGUCUUCGACUGUUGAAAACAGUAACUUUGCAACCGUCUCUGAUGCUCAUGAAUACGAAAGUUAUGAUGAAGAUGACGAAGGAGACUGGAUCAGAGACGAUACACAAGCUGAAAUGUCUCCAUACGAUCAGGAAAUAGUAGAUGAACCCGAGAGUGUUAAGCAAAUACUUGGAGACUUCGGAAAGCAACAUCCUGGCAUAUCAUUCUCAACUCGACCAGACAUAAAGCAAGGAUUACCUGUUCCAAUAAUCAUUCCCGAGCGAAGACCGGGAUCUAAACAUCGAGGAUUCGUAAGAGCUUAUGCACCAAUUUUGAUAGAUUGUGGUAUAGAUCAGGAUACAUUCAUGGAUUUUCUAGUAGGAUUCGAAGCAUCAAUCAAGGCAUCUCCAUACUUUCAUGUAAUAAAUUUGGCUGUGGCUGCGAGUGUGAUUGCUGAAGGACUCGCUGUAGCACCAAGUAUCAUUGUCCACGCCGCCGCAUUCGCAGUACAUACCAGCAUUGAGUUUGGUAGAAGGGCAUAUAUGUCUAAAGAACAGAAUAAAUAUCUCGUCGGAAUGAAUGAAAAACUAUUCAAACCACAUGGACUUUAUGCUAUGCUCAUGACCUGGAAAUCAAGCAACUCUGCGGCUUCUCAACCACUUGUAUCUACUGUUGAUAUGAACACCAAGCUUGUCAAGUCUGUAGCCUCACGUGAAGUCCAAGGUCGCAGUGGUUUUCAUUCUGCCUCUGGUAGAACAAUUGGACAGUCCCAGAUGCCAGAAAGUGCAGAGUUGAUAUUUCCUCUAUUAGAGACAGCUACCGACGAACAAAAAGUAAAUGCAAUGAAAAAAGCAGGGGUCUGGUUUGGAGACUGGAGAGACAAGAGAAGCACGUCCAGAUUUGCGACCGAAAAUCCUUCGACGACAUUGGCGAUAAACACUGGCGAGAAACAAGUUCCCUCAUCACGCUGGGCAGAUCCCUCUCACCCUGUAAAUCAAGGUGGAAUCAUUGGAGUAUUGUCCGGUGGUCAUCUAGGGCGAGCUGCUAGAAAAGAAAGAAGAAGAGAGAGAAAAGGUUUGCCAAAGGAUGAGAGCCCCAAGCCUCACAGAACUAGUAUUUUGAGGACUGCGAAAAGAAAGCUUCACGAGGAUGUGAUGUAUCUCAUGAUCGUUAAUAUGCCUUCCGAUGAAGAAAUGAAGAUUGUAACUAGCAUGGCGAGGGGAAAGAAAGUAGAAGCUUCAUAAUGAUGUCUUUUGGUUGAAGGAUUCAUUGGUCAGAAGUCGGUUUGCGUACCUUAGCUUAUUGUUUUACCAGUGCUAUGGGUAUAUUUGUUUCGAGUGCAUUUAACCAGUCCUCAAUUUCCUUUA